UGGAAAAUGGUCCAAUCACGCCCCAUUCCUGGGUUCAUUUGGGGCAAGGAACAUGGCGGAAGAAGGUCCGGGUGCUGGCGAUGCCGCCGCCGCCGUGCACGGCCGAGUGACAGGAUUGAUCGUCCCACCACCAGAGAUCCGCGCUGUGGUGGACAAGACGGCGCAGUUCGUGGCAAGGAAUGGACGCAGCUUUGAGCGCAAGAUCGCAGGCGAGGUCAUCUCGGCCAAGUUUAGUUUCCUGCGGGCGUCCGACCCGUACAACGCGUACUACGAACAUAAGGUGGCCGAGUUCGAAGCCCAGACUGCCGAGCCAGUAGCUCCAGCUCCUGCCAAGGACACGGAGGAAGGGGCGUCCCAAGGUGACACGAAGGACGCAGCAUCAGUCGAGAAGGCUGCAGAGCCCGACGACACGACGACGACAACCGCCAUCGAAGAAGGCGUCGUGGCCAAGAAGCCCGUGGAGGCCGUGGUGAGCAAGAGUUUGAAGAACCUCAAGGACAAGAACACCAACUUGGAUGCGCCACCCGCCGACGAGCAGUUCAAGCAGAAACACCCGACGCUGACGCCUCUGGACCAGGAGAUCAUGUACAUGACUGCGCAGUACACGGCCGUGAGCGGGAAGCCGUUCUUGUCUGGGCUGGCGACGCGGGAGCAGCGCAACCCUCAGUUUGACUUUCUCAAGCCGACGCAUCCGUUGUUUGCGUACUUUACGUUCCUCGUGGAGAGUUAUGCCAAGAUUCUGACGGCCAAGGCACACCACGCGAAAAACAAAACAGGUCUUAACGUGUCCAACCCGUUGAUGGAUGCUCUCGAGGCGGGCGUCAAUCGCAUGCACGUGCUGGACCGAUGUGUGCACAAACACGAGUGGAUGCGGCGGGAAGAAGAGGCGCAGCGGCGCGAGGCCAUGGAGACCGAUGUGGAUAAGAUCGCGUAUCUGCAGAUCGACUGGCAUGACUUUGUGGUGGUGGAAACCAUCACGUUUGACGUGGACGACGCGACCGGCGCCGGCGAUCCGUUGCCAUACCUGGAAAACGAUCCAGCAUCUACUUCAUCUCAUCAAGCUGAUGCGUUGAACCAAGACGAUAUGGACAUGGACGUGGAGGACGAGGAGCGGCCGGCGGAACUCAAGGUUGUGGAAGACUAUGUGCCCCGGGGGGCGGCCACCACGGCGCCGUCCGUACACAUCACGUCUGUGGACGGCCAGACGAUUCACUCGGAGCAAGCUAAUGAACACAUGCGCAUCCUCCUGCAAGCGCCCAAGUACCGCGAAGAAAAGGCGCGCCACCUGCAGAAGGUGCAAGACACGCCAUUCGCCCCAGGGUCUGCCAUCGCCGACAACUUCAAGCGGUUCGCCACCAAGCGAUCCGACAUCUUCACGUCCUCCGCCGACGACGAGGCCAGGCUCGUGCAUGCGACGCAGCACCCCGCGCCCCCCCCGCCGCCGCAGGACGACGACGACGGACAGCACCAGUACCUCCCCGUCCAAACGCAGGCCAGAGGCAAUAAUCCACCCCCUGUCGCAUACCACAUCCCCCCGUCUCAGAAACCCCCGCCGCCGCGUCUGCCGCCCCCCGCAGGCUUUGCGCCCCCGCCACCUCCACCGCCGCCACAGCCAGCACCAGCACAAGGUGUGGUGGCUCAGGCACCCCCGAGAGCGCAUCCGCUGCUGCCGCCGCAUUUGGGCGUGCCGAUGCCGGUGGGGAUGGCGGGCAUGGGCAUGCCGCUUGUGAGUGGGAUGGUGAUUCCGCUGCCGACAGCCGUCCCGCCGCCGCCGCCGUCCCAACCUGCCCCGACGGCGGACGGAUCGACCUCCGAAACGCAACCGCCCGCCAAGCGGCAGCGUGUAGACGGAGUGAUCUUGCUGCCAGAAGAUGAAUGGGCGGCCCAGCGACCGGGCCCAGUGCGACUAUGUGUGACGGUGCCGUACGAGCCAGACAACUCGCAGUGGAAGCUGGCGGGGCAGACGCUCAUUCUUGAUGUGGAUAUCCUGACUCUGGUUCGAGAUGUCAAGACCCGCGUGUAUGAAGCCACAGGGAUGCCCGUCGCCAAGCAGCAGAUCAAGGCGCCUGUCGUCGGCUUUCUCAAAGACUCGCUCACGUGUGCACAUUACAACUUUGACGACGACGUUGUGAUGGAGCUCAGCGCGCGCCAGCGCGGGGGCCGCCGUUAACAUGUACUAGUUACAGUACCUACUAGUGUACCGCCUAGUAAAGGUCACUCAAUCUCGACUCUCGAUGCUUCAUAUCGACGACACUAAUCUAAACACGAAAACACCACACACUAUUUACUGCUUGGUUGGCCGCCUCGUUCAAAGUAGUUAUCUCUUUUGCGCGGUGUAUGGUAUCGACGUUAAUAAUAUAUUAA